AACUUCAACCAAAAAAAUGCAACAAUCAGGCUUUUAUUUUGUAGGCCCAGGCAGGAAGUAGCGCCUUCAUCUCUCCCCGUGCUGCUUGACGUCACUCGUUUGCAGCGUCAGGUCCGGGCUCCAGGUUGUCAUAGCAACUCACAGGACUGACCCCCCCCACCCGGUGGGAGGACGGAGAGUUCGGGUCCAUGAGCCGAGCUGAACCGGAUCUUUACCUCCGUGCGUAAAAGCGCGGCGCGUCCUGUGCGCGCGGACAGCACAGAGGAUGCGCUGAGCUCCGCCGUGGACCGUGACCGACUUCACUGCUGGAGCACCGGUUCUGGGGUCCAGGCUCGGUGCCGCUGGCUCUCAGCAGGUGAUGAUGGGACACAGCAGCUGUCAUCUGGCGCGAGGAUGAGCCACAGGAGCAGCCCGGCGCGCGCGUACGACUUCCUGCUGAAGUUCCUGCUGGUCGGAGACAGCGACGUGGGGAAGGGCGAGAUCCUGGAGAGUCUGCAGGACGGAGCCUCCGAGUCCCCGUACGGGUACUACACCGGGAUCGACUACAAGACGACCACCAUCCUCCUGGACGGGAGGAGAGUCAAGCUGCAGCUCUGGGACACGUCUGGUCAGGGGCGGUUCUGCACUAUAUUCAGGUCGUACUCCAGAGGAGCACAGGGAGUUAUUCUGGUGUAUGACAUCACCAACCGCUGGUCCUUUGAUGGGAUCGACCGAUGGAUCAAAGAGAUAGACGAGCAUGCCCCUGGUGUGCCCAAGAUCCUGGUUGGAAACCGUCUGCACCUGGCCUACAAGCGUCAGGUGACCACGGAGCAGGCUCAGGUGUACGCAGAGAAGCUGGGCGUCACCUUCUUCGAGGUCAGCCCGCUGUGUAACUUCAACAUCACCGAGUCGUUCACGGAGCUCGCUCGCAUCGUCCUGAUGAGACACGGCAUGGAGCGACUGUGGAGACCCAACAAAGUCUUGAGUCUUCAGGACCUGUGCUGUCGCUCCAUCGUCUCCUGUACUCCGGUCCACCUGGUCGAUAAGCUACCCCUCCCAUUGGCUCUCCAGUCUCACCUGAAGUCCUUCUCCAUGGCCAACGGCCUCAAUGCCCACAUGAUGCACGGACGCUCUUACUCCGUGACCGCCAACGCCACCUCCAACACCUCAACCGCUCACCACGGUGCCACCAAGAGGACCGGAGGGACGCUGCUGAAGAAACCCAAACUGAUCCGACCUCAGCCGCUCAGCCCGACAGCGCAAAGCUGCAGGAACAGCUGUAAGAUAUCCUAACAUCUGGACCACAGACAGGAAGUGGCA